AUGGGGAUCACUUUCGCGAAGCCGGUACCAUCUACCUGUGUGGGAUGUUCAGAUGUCACAAUCAAUAUCCCUGCAUCAACUGGUGCUGUCGCCGUACCAGCUGACUUCUUUGGCUUUGGAUUCGAAUCCGGCCUUCUUCCGCACUAUAAUAAUGAUUUCUCGGAGAACACGGUCAAUGCUAUUCAAUCACGCAUGAGCAAGCCGCUCGUCAUUCGUGUGGGUGGCACAAGUGGUGAUCAUAUCACUUACAAGAAAGAGCAAACCAAAGUCGCUGCGGAUUGCCAUUCAAAGAAGAAGUCCUGCAAUAGUCUGGACACAUAUACUGUUGGACCAGACUAUUUCAAUGCUUUGAAACGCUUCAAGGACUCGCACUGGACGCUUCAGGCUCCGAUGGGAGAUGAUAUGAAGCUUGACGACUCGAUGGUUUUCUUGCAACAGGCAUGGGAUGCCGCCACCGAUAAAGGAGCGAAUAAGGCGAGGGUCGCUGCUAUUGCACUUGGCAAUGAGCCAAACUGGUACAAGGCCUAUGCUGUUGAUGGAUACAUUGAGCGAUCGCAAAAGAUUGAAGAGCAAGUCGUCAAGGAUUUCAAAUUGAAGGAUGGCGAAACCCGGAUUUUCCAGACUGGAGAGAUUGCGGCCGAAGUGGCAGGGAAGCCUGACUCGGACAGCAAGUUCACACUUAUGAAUCUUAUCAAGCCUCUCUUCAAGGCGAAGACGACGCAGCAAAAGAAUAUCAAGUAUGCUGCUGAGCAUUACUACCAAGUGAUUGGCUCAAAUAACGGUGGCCAUGAAUACAACACCGCAGACCUGAAAGACACUUUGAUGAACCAUAAAGCAAUCACCAAUAAGCUUGCCCCAUAUGCCAAUGAUGUCAAGUCCUUGAGCGCCAUAGACAAGUCUGUGCCUUUGGUCAUUUCCGAAGCUGGAUCUGCGAUUGGACACACUAAAGUCGAGUUUGCUGGUGGCUUUGGGGCUGCCCUUUGGGCAGUUGAUUUCCACCUGGCUGCCAUGGACCGUGGCAUCCAACGCGUUUGCAAUACACAUGGGCCCGACGCUACCCACGCGUGGUGGCUACCUGACGAUACAAGCGCCCAUGCGAAGACCCCCGCUGUUCAAGGCAUCUUCCCCGCGGCACCGUUUAUCACCGACUUCAUCGGCAAGGACGGCCAGCUUGGAAAGAUCAAAGAGAUCGACAUUAAGAAGGAGCAAAAUGACCACCUCAGCGCUUAUGCCAUGUUCGAUCAGAAGACUGGCAAGGUAUCCCGCAUUGCCAUCAUCAACAUGCGUCAAUGGGAGUAUGGCCCCGCCGUGCGCCCAAGAUAUGUUGCUCAAAUCGAUAUCGACAAGGAUGUCAAGUCCGCUGUUGUUCACCGCAUGCAGUCUGAACAUGGUGCGGCUGCCCUUGGAUUUGACCUGGGUGGCUCACAGCAGAAUGUGACCUGGAAUGGUGAGCAGUGGAGCUACAAGGUUGACAAGGGUCGUGGCCAUAAGGUUGCUGGAUAUGAGGAGGAGCGUCUGACUAUCAACAAGGACAAUAACAAGAAAGGACACAUUUCUGUUAAUGUCUGGGAUACUGAGGCGGUAAUUGUGUACCUUUCAUGA